GGAAAGUAGGAAAGCGGUUUACAGAGCGGUUUUGUAGGCGGACAUUCUGGGAUAUAGUGGGGAAUUAUGCGACGCCGCGACCACGCAAGGAGUCUCUUCUAACCUCUUAAGAACCGCAUCCCUUUUCUUGGAGAGAAAGGAAGAGAGAGAGAGAGAGAGAGAGAGGAUCUCGUUUUCUCUUUACUUUUUUGCUGCUUGCUGCUUGUUCUCUGUAAUCUUUUUCUGGAUUGUGCGUGUUUGCUAGGAUCUUUGAUUCUCUUCGCCUUUUUCUCCUCCAUUUAAAUUCGUGUUCUUGGGUUUCUGCAAUCUGGGUCUGAGAGAUAGAGAGAGGGGGGGAGGUCUAGAGAGAAAGAGAGAGAGAGAGAAGGGAUAUGGGUUCUCCGUCGGGGUUGAGCUUGGAUUACAGGCCGUCGGUGACGAAGAAGAGCGGCGGGUUCGUAGAUAUGGGGAGGGAUGGAAGGUUGGAGGAGCGAUUGAGGUGUUUGGAGGAGGAGAGGAAGAAGAUCGAUGUGUUCAAAAGGGAGCUCCCUUUGUGCAUGGAGCUCGUCAAUGAAGCCAUUGAGAGUGUCAAGCGGCAGAUGGAGCAACAGGAGUGCAGGAUGGGUCUUCCUGUGCUGGAGGAAUUCAUUCCCUUGAAGAAAUCAUCGCCGGAGGAAGAGGGGAAAAGAAAUGGAUUAUUGAAGGAAGAGAAGGAUCGCAGAGACAAGAUGAAUUGGAUGAGUUCUGCUCUCUUGUGGAAUGAAACCCACGUUCCUUCUGAUCUAACCAACAAGAGGAUGCAUGGCGAGUUCGUUCCAUCUGAGAAUUCCCAAAACUUCAGCACCAGUCAGAGCAGAAUGGCGUUCCUUUCCUCCAAAGGAGCCUCCGGUUUUCCGGAAGCUCCAGCGGAAGAAAGAGACGUCUCCGCUGAUCUCUCUCUUUCCACAGAAUCAAAACAGACUUGUAAAACUCAAUCCUCAUCUCCUGACCAAUCCGCCAUACAAUCACAGACUCAGAGAAAGGCCAGACGAUGUUGGUCUCCUGAAUUGCACAGACGCUUCGUUAACGCGCUUCAGCAAUUAGGCGGACCUCAAGUGGCGACGCCUAAGCAGAUAAGGGAAUUGAUGAAGGUGGACGGCCUCACCAAUGAUGAAGUCAAGAGCCAUUUGCAGAAAUACAGACUGCACACGCGGAGGCCGAACGCCGGCGCACAGGCCCCUGCUGGAAACCAGCAAUCUUCCCAACUGAUGCUGUUGGGCGGACUGUGGGUGCCCCGUGAGUACUCGUCCUCAGCGAGGGGCGAGGACUACCAGACUGCUAAACGGAGCCCGAGCCAUUCUGGCUCUCCUCAAGGCCCGCUCCAUUUUCCGGCGAGGGCGAGCAACUACAGCCGGGAGGAAGACGAAGACGAUGGCAGCGAGUCGGACACCAAGUCCGAGAGCUAUAGUUGGAAGGGACACCUCCAGGCGUCGAGAUCGGACGUAACAACUGAGUGAUCGUGAUCCCCAUCUUCCCCUCUUCUCCUUCCUCUUUCCCCUUUUUCCUCCCUGAGAAUUAUGAUCAGAGAGUGUUUAAGAGAGCUAGAAUAAGGCCGGAAUUGAUCGGAUGGUGCCGGUUGGUAGACAGAUCUUUGGUCUGUCAGUUUUUCACCGGACAAACGGUCCUUCUUCCUUUUUGGUUUUACUUUUCUUCAAUUUUCUGGACUACUGGUGAGGUUUUCUGUAUCAUGUUGUUGAGAGUAAAUGGCAUAGAUAAACAAGAGCUUCUCUUUUCUCA